UUUGAUAACAUGCAGAUACGAAAUGACCUUGAUUGGUCAUGUUAAUUUCAUGAAAAUAUUUUAAAACGGUGAUCGAGAAAUUCAGCUGGAAGGAAGGACACGUCAUGCACGUCAUGGUUACAAUGGUCAAUGAUGGUAGACAUGAAAGAUGUAAAAAUGGACAAAAAUGCACCUAACAGAUCAAAAUUUGUAAUUCAUCAGUAAUGGCAAGUUCAUCUUCCUCAGCAGUGCCUGGGUCAUGUCUGACAAAUUAUGCAAGAAUAGGCCAUGCAGCACAACAGCUGUUUCCAGAUAUUCUCCAGGAACUGAUCACAAUUAAAGAACCUCCUCAUAGGUUAUCGGCCGAUGUCAACACAAACAAGUACCUGGCAAAAAUCUUGAAUCCCACUGAAUUGUUAUUGAUAAACGAUGUUGUGACAAAGGGGUAUGCAAACUUCGACAUACCAUUUAUUUACAAAUUAAUAAGAAAUUUAAAUCUGGUACCACCACCUACACUAGGAUGGAACCAGUCUACUGCUCCUUGUCCAACAGAGGUCACACCAGGAGAUGACAUUGAUAGAAUUAGAAGAUUAAGAAAUGAAAGUCUUCACAGAGGUAAUGCACAAGUCACAGAUACAGAAUUAUCUCACAUCUUUACACAGUUUAAGGAGAUUGCUGGCAGACUAGAGACCUACAUGGGAAAACAAACUGGAGAGUUUGUAGACAAGUUUAUUGAUUUGGAAACGUGCUGUAUGGAUGAGGAUACACGUACCAUGUAUAUAGAGAGGCUUGAUAGGUUAAGGGAAAGUGAUGAAGAUUGUAAAAAAAGAUUGAGUGCACUUGAAGAAGAUGUUGACGCAUUGAAAGAGAAAAAUUCAUCAACUACUCUUUUACUUGAUACCAUGGCAACAGAAAUAUCCAGUGAAGAAUCAAAUUAUAUAAAGAUAAGUCUUCUUAUACUAAAAAUCUCACAACGUGCAGUUCGACUCAAGUUUGACACGGAGCUCCAUCCUGACUGCUUACAAGAAACUCUCAACAGAUGUAGUGGCAAACUGAGAGAACUUCAAAGGAUGAACAGAAUAAAUCAGCACCAGUGGACAUUGUUAUUUCCUUCAAAAGGUAAACCAUCAUCUGAAAAGUACGACAUUACACUUAUGAUAAAUUUGAUCAGAAAUCUGACGGACAUACAGAUCAGCAGUAAACUUCCCUUACCUACACAUGUCAGUGUUGGUGAUGAUCUAUCCAGGAUACAGUACUACAGAAAUAAAAUUGCUCACAUGGACAGUUUUAUGAUUGAGGAUGAUGAUUUCAAUAUUUACUGGGAGGAUAUAGCACAGGCUUUGCAUCGACUAAGUGAUGGAUCGUUUAACGAAGAAAUUAUUGAAUUGAAGGAAAUGCAAAUUUUUGAAUCACAAAAGUCAAAUAGUCUACGUCAUAUACAAAUGCAAAACAGACUUGUAGCUGUUGAAGAGCAGCUUGUAGCAGUAACAGAAAGAAUGAUGUCGCUUGAACUACAACAGAAUGACCCUAUACCUAAAAAUAUCAAAGAUUUGUAUGAGAAUAAAAUUAAACAUUGGGUAGAGGACAAGGAAAAGUUCUUUGAAACUGCAGCCGCCAAGAAGAUAUUAAGUUUUGUAACUGGAAAUUCUGUCACCGUCAUAGCUGGUAGUUCUGGAAUGGGUAAAACAGCCACUUCACAUCAAAUUGCAUUACAUUUACAACAACACGAAGGGUACCAGAUUUUGCCAAUUUCUGACCCAAAGGACAUUGAAAAGUAUUAUACAAAGGGACUUGCACAAGUAUUUGUUUUUGAUGAUUUAUGUGGAGUUUUCAAUGUUGAUCAGCAUUUGAUUAACUCUUGGGACAGAGUUUCUAGUCAGAUAGAAAGAUUUUGUAAGGAAAAUAAACAUUUUCGAAUCCUUGUUACUUGUAGAUUACAGAUAACAAAAACUCUACAGUUUGAAAAGUUAUCUGACAAGUUAAAUAUGAAAGAAUGCAAUUUGCUUUCAAAAGAUUUGGCUUACACAAAUAGUGAAAAACUGAAAAUUGCCUCUUGUCAUAUGGAUCAAGAACACGUGCAUAAACUUAGCAGGGAGACCAUCAGUGGCCUGGACAUGUUUCCAUUUCUUUGUGAUAUGUUUGGUAAAUCUGAUGAGAAAGAUAUGAAAAUGUUUGAAUGCCCUAUUCAAUAUUUUGAAGAACAGUUAGAUCAGAUGCAGUAUCAAAAUGAGGAGUGUUUCAUGGGACUGGGGUUGCUAGUUAUUUACAAUGACACAAUAACAAUAAAUGUCUUCAAAGAUGAGAGUAUCGACACAAGAUUCAAAAAGAUCUUUAAAGAAGUUUUUGAAAGUUUAGAAUUAUCAAACCGUCCUUCUAAAUUGCAAGUUCUUAGGAAAUUAGACACCUUAAUUGAUACUUAUAUUGAAAAAAAUGAAUCAAUAAUAACUAGUAAACAUGACAUAGUUUUUGGUUUACUUUCUUUAUAUUUUGGAAAGAAAAUGACGAAAACUUUAGUGAAAUAUGCUACACCAAAUUUGAUUUCAGACAGAAUCCAGUUUGAAUCUUUAGAAGAAGAACAUGAUGAAUAUACAAUUAUGAUACCUCCAUACUUGGAACAUUCAUACUUUAAUCGCAUGGAAGAGGAGAUAAUGAAAAAUAAUUUUUAUGAUGUAUUUGGAAACAUGCAAUCCCAUAUUAAGUUAUAUCAAGAUAAAUUUAUUGAUUUCUUCUCCAAAAAAAAAGAUAUUAUGGAAAAAUUACUACACAACAGAUGGCCUCUUUAUCUUUCAUCGAUGUAUGGAUGUAGUAUUUUUGUACAGUUUUUGUUGGAGCAACAAAACAAUAUCCCAUCAGAAUUACUCCAAGAUAUCUCUGAUAGAACCAGAUUUGAAAUAGCAGCUCAUGACAGUGACACUGAAGAUAUUGAUACUGACUCAGAUAUGUAUAAAAUUACACACAAAAAUGCACCCUUAGUAGAAGCAUGUACAGAGGGCCAUUUACAGAUAGUUCAAACUCUUGUUCAAUAUGGAUAUGAUAUUGAUUGUGUCAAACCUGGACUCCUUUCGCCCUUGUAUGCUGCAUGUCGUUAUGGUCAUACAGACAUUGUGCAGUAUCUCCUGGGAUGUAACUGUGCGGUAAAUUUGGAAAAUUGUGAUGGUCAAACAGCCCUUCACGUUGCUUGUAUAAAGAAUAACCCAGAAAUUGUAUCAAUACUAUUAGGAAAAGGCCUUUACAUCAACAAACCAGGAUUUUGCAAAGAGACUCCUUUUUUUAUUGCUUGCAAAUGGGGUAAUCUAGGUGUUGUGAACAUUCUUCUGGAAUACAAUUGUGAUAUUACUAUAUGUAACAAUAUGAAUGAAAGUCCUCUGCAUGCAGCUUGUAAAAAUGGUCAUAAAGAUAUAGUGGAAGUAUUGAUAAGAAAUAAAUGUGAUGUUGAUAUGGUAAACCUUUUUGGCAGAACAGCACUGCAUGAAGCUUGCUCUUCAAACUAUACCUCAUUUCUAGAUGAGGAAGAUGAAACUUGGUCUAUUGAAGGUGAAGAAGUUGACAUUCAGUAUUAUGAACCUAAAGUUGAAUAUGGUAACACUGUAAUUGUGGAUAAAAUUUCAGACAGCAUUGAAACGAUUCGGAAAGGAAUUGUGCAAAUUCUGUUGCAUACUAAUAUAAACCCAUGUAUUGCCGAUUACUUUGGCUACACUGCACUUCAUGAGGCAGCUAAAAGUGGUUAUUCAACAAUAGUGGAUAUUUUGUUGCAGAAGUUGCUUGAAAUGAAUAAAAUGGCAUUAGUAAAUGAAUAUAAACCAGUUGAUCUGUACAAAUCAUUUAUCCCGCCACUUUUUUCCUCAAGUAGUAAAUGUGUUGUUAAUGUAUUUGUACAACAUACCUGCAACAUGAAUAUUCUAGAUUCACAUGGUCGAAAUGCUUUACAUUAUGCUAGUGAAAGGGGUCAUUUAGAAAUAGUAGAAUUCUUGUAUGACAUUGGUUGUAAAAUGGAUGUUUUGAAUGCUUCAGGAAAGAGUGUUCUUCAUGCAGCAUGUAGGGGAGGAAAUGAGGAUAUUGUGGAUUUUUUCCUAAAGAGAGGAUGUGACCCUAAUCACACUGACAAGUAUGGAAAUACUCCUUUAUUUGUCGCAUGUGCGAGAUCUAAUAUAGAGGUUGUAAAAGUAUUGAUUAAAUAUCACUGUGAUGUUAAUAAAACCAAUAUUGGAGGCUGCAAUGCUUUACAAAAAGCAUGUUUGAAUGGCCGUGUUAACAUUGUUGAUCUUUUGCUCAAAAAUAAAAUCAACAUUAAUCAGGCCGAUAAUUUGAACAACACUCCACUGUUUUAUGCAUGUUAUCAUGGCUACAAAGAUGUGGCGAGUUUAUUAAUGGAGAAUAAGAGUGAGUUAAAUAUUCCUAAUAAAGACGGACAAAUUGUUUUACACUUGUCUUGCUGGUUGGGGCAUCUAGAAAUUACGCAGUUACUGUUACAAAAUCAUUCGAACAUUAAUCAACCUGAUAAAUCAAAAUGCACACCUUUACAUCUGGCAGCCACAGAAGGAUACAACGAUAUAGUUGAAUUAUUGAUUAAAAACGGUUGCGAUAUAAAUGCUUGUGACAUCAAUGGACGAAAUGCUUUGCAUCAUGCAUGCAUUCAGCAGGUAGAACAUGACAAUCUGCUUUGGAUAAGUUGUUAUUCAAGAUAUCAUCGAAAGGAACAUUAUCAUAAAGAGGUUGUUGUCCUCCUACUGCAAAAUAAAUGUGAUGCAAAUCAGGAAGAUACCUUUGGUCAGAUUCCUUUGCAUAUAGCAUGCGAGACAUGUACAUCACAUAGAUAUCUAAGAUGUAUGACAGAUAUAGUUAAACUGUUAUUAGAGAGUGGUUGUGACAUAAACAAGUGUGAUAACUCGCACAGGUCACCCUUCCUUGUUGCCUGUGAAAAGAAGGAAUAUGAAUCUGAAAAGAUUGUGACAAUUCUGGUUAAAAACAACUGUGAUGUCAAUAUUAAAGACAACAAUGGACAAACUGGACUUGAGAUUUGUACAUCAAAGGGAUUUACUUGGGUGACUGAAAUUUUGCUUGAUAGUCAAAAUUCAAAAAAUAAGGCUACAAAGGAAAAUGCUUAAUUGUAUGUUGCAAUUGUUAAAUUAUACAUUUGUCUGUGCUUUGAUAAAUAAAAAGACCAAGAUUUUCUUUGGAGUAUUGCAAAAAACUAUGCGAAAAAUGAAACA